AUGCCUUCGUUAGAUAUAUCUGAUUAUCUACUCGCCGAGACCACUCCAAAGGAGAAAAAGGAGAAGAAGAUGAAAAAGUCGAAAAGCGAAACCCUAGAAGCCGACUCUCCAACUACUGAGAAGAAGGCGAAGAAAGAGUCGAAGCUCAAAAAGCGUAAGGCUUUGGAUGUCGAAGCCGACGAAGAUAGGAGCGAUACUAGCUCGGAGCUCGGCGAGGCCGUGAAUGCCAAGUCCAAAAGCGAGGAGAAGACCAAGAAGAAGUCGAAGAAAGCCAAGGUGGAACAAGAGGAGGAGCCCAAGAUUGAGGAGAAAAAGGCUGAAGAGGAUCCUAAUGCGGUCUCGCGGUUUCGGAUUUCCGAGCCGUUGAAGGCCAAAUUGAAGGAGAAGGGGAUUGAGUCCUUGUUUUCCAUUCAGGCCAUGACCUUCGAUACCAUUUUGGAUGGUUCUGAUUUGGUGGGUCGGGCGCGCACUGGCCAGGGUAAAACUCUGGCUUUUGUGUUGCCCAUUUUGGAGUCUUUAAUAAAUGGCCCUGCAAAAGCAUUUAGAAAGACUGGGUAUGGUAGAGCUCCAACUGUUAUCGUACUUUUACCCACUAGGGAACUAGCGAAACAGGUUUUUGCCGACUUUGAGUUUUAUGGUGGUGCUAUGGGGUUAGCAGCAUGUUGUGUAUACGGUGGAUCUCCCUACCAGCCUCAAGAAUAUAAGUUGAAGAGAGGGGUUGAUAUUGUUAUUGGAACACCCGGACGUAUAAAGGAUCAUAUAGAGAAGGGAAAUAUCGACUUAAGUACCUUGAAGUUCCGGGUCCUUGAUGAGGCUGAUGAAAUGCUGAGGAUGGGGUUUGUUGAUGAUGUUGAACUCAUUCUAGGAAAGGUGGGGGAUGUAAGUAAAGUUCAAACGCUUCUCUUCAGUGCAACUUUGCCGGAUUGGGUGAAAGGCGCCAGUCAUAAUGUUAGGCAUAUUGUUCUUCCUUGCUCCAGUUCAGCAAGAUCACAACUUAUUCCUGAUAUCAUUCGUUGUUAUAGCAGUGGAGGCCGCACAAUCAUUUUCACUGAGACUAAGGAAGCUGCUUCUGAACUCGCUGGGUUGCUGCCUGGAGCACGUGCUUUGCAUGGGGACAUACAGCAGGGUCAACGCGAGGUCACACUUUCUGGUUUCAGGUCUGGCAAGUUUAUGACAUUAGUGGCCACAAAUGUGGCAGCGCGUGGAUUGGAUAUCAAUGAUGUUCAAUUAAUUAUCCAGUGUGAACCUCCACGUGAUGUAGAAGACUAUAUCCAUCGAUCUGGACGCACAGGCAGAGCAGGCAAUAGUGGAGUUGCUGUAAUGCUUUAUGAUCCCAGAAGGUCAAAUGUUUCAAAAAUCGAAAGAGAGUCGGGGGUGAAAUUCGAACACAUAACUGCUCCUAAGCCAGUUGAUGUUGCCAAAGCAGUUGGUCAGGAUGCAGCAGAAAUGAUAACCCGAAUCUCUGAUAGUGUAAUACCCGCUUUCAAGUCUGUUGCUGAGGAGCUACUUAGGACCUCUGAACUAUCUGCCGUAGAACUACUGGCAAAAGCACUUGCUAAGGCUGCUGGCUACACUGAGAUAAAGAAGAGAUCACUUCUAUCCUCUAUGGAGAACCAUGUCACAGUACUCCUCGAGGCUGGAAAACCUAUUUAUUCACCAUCUUUUGCCUAUGGGGUCUUGAGGAGGUUCUUGCCUGAGGAGAAGGUUGAGUCAGUGAAGGGUAUGGCUCUAACAGCUGAUGGAAAAGGUGCAGUGUUCGAUGUAGCAGCUGAAGAUUUGGAUAUGUUUCUUGCUGGUCAGGAAAAUGCAGCUAGUGUGAGCAUAGAGGUAUUGGAAUCACUGCCGAAUUUACAAGAAAAAGAAGCAAGGGGAGGAAGAUUUGGCGGUGGUGGUGGCUUCCGUGGUGGAAGGUUUGGCAGGGGUGGUGGUUCCGAUAGAAGAAAUGAUAGGUUUUCAAACCGAUCCGGUGGUGGGAGAGGUCGCAGCAACUAUGGAAACAAAUGGUGA